AUGAAGAGUCCAUUUGAGGUGUUGCAGAAGACCGAGGAUGGCAAUGUGAUUGGCUCAGGACAGAACCACCUGAUCAGCAGUCGCCAAUGGGAGGACCAGGACGCUGUGUUUAAGUCUGUAUACAGGAAGUACAUGGUUACUAACCCCAGCAACACUACAGACCCAGAGGACAGACCCAGCUGUGUGACCAGUCACUUCCUGCUUCCUGGAGGUCUGUUUCCUGUCCUGGGAGGAGUUAAGCCUCAGACAGGUGGACUGGCUGUAGCUGUGUGUCUGUGGUGGAGCGGCACACACAAUCUGCUGCACUACUUACUGUGUAAAGCUCCCAGAGACAAACCAGACCCGGAGCCCAAGCCUGAUGCGUUGUGGCCUAAUGCCCAGGAGAUCCUGUGUUCUGCUGUUAGCAGCUGUACUAGACACAUAACUCUGGGACUGGUUACUGGACUGGUCACUGUCUGGGACAGACACUUAGGUCUUCCUCUGUCUGUUGUCUCAGUGGAAGCAGACAGCGUGUUCAGCAGCAUAAUAUUUGUGGAUUACUGGCCUAGUACGGCUACUGAGGAUGCCCUACACAGCCAGGGUCCGAACCACAGCAGCACACAGGUCCAUCUACUGGUCACCUGUAAGAGUGGAGCAUGUCAUCGAGUCGACGCAGGAAGAGGACUGGACUCUCAUAAUGUCACACAACUAUCAGAAAGACCAUCAGAUCCAGGCUGUUUCUCUGUGGUGACUGCUGCUGUUCCGUUCCUCCAGCGCCUGGCUCUGAUCAUGCAGAGGAAUGGGAAGAUCCUCCUCCAAGACAUGGUAGACAGGAGAGUAGUGUGCUGCUUCUCCCUCCCAGACACUCAUCUCCUGGCCAAUCCCUGGAAUCCUGUGUUUCUACUGGACCCCACACAGCAGUCUCUGCUCAUACCAGGUGAUCAGCGUCCCGGUCUGACAGUGGGGAGGAGGAGGAGGACAGAGGAGUCGACUCUUUGUGUUCCGUCUCCGAGAUGCUGCGGUCGUCCAAGCCGUACGACACGAAUAUGUCGGCAGAGCAUCAUCACCCCAGGGCCAAUCAGGGACAGGCACCUCUAA